AUGCGCUCUCUUGUGCUCGCAGCCAUCGGCUCAUUUCUCUGCGGAAGUGCUGCGUCGGUGGCCCCCGACGAUGUUCGGUCCCAUGCUGUCGCUUUCAACCAAAGCACUCUUCUACGCCUCCAUGAUGCCGCACCUGGUGAUCCAGGACCGCUGAAGUCACACGGCAAAGCUGUGGGCACGACCGCGUCUGUCGGUCCAAGGCUUUUGCCCGACUCGGCUGUGGACGGGACCGGCCUCGACAACGAGCAAAGGGAGGAGCGAGGGUUUGAUCCGGUGAAGUCACUACACAGUCUACGUGACGAUAUGUGGGUUUUUCUCACACGACGAUCCCCUGCAUCCGUUUUCGACAAGUUUGUUCGCCCUAAGGAACCUGUCACUCGUCGCGCCAUCGUACAGUGGCUGGAGUAUGUUGACACGCCAGAAGCGAAGAACUUCUACUACAGCGGAAAAGGGCUGUUUCAGGAUCUGAGGAAGAAAAUACCACUCAGCCAAAAGAUAGGACUGCUCGAUUUGCUAGCAGUUGUUGCUACUGAAAUGCAUGCUGCCACUUCGCGACGACCGUCCUCUGCACUCAACUCUGACAAGCUGAAUGCGAUCCUGCUGAAGCCCCGGGCUGCGCUCAAACUGUUCGACCAUAAAUUCAUAAUAACGGAGCCAAUGUUAGCGAUGAGCUGGAUCCGGUACAAUGAGGCGGUCAGACAAGUGGAUCCUGACAGCGCUGUUCCCCUUGCUGAGAUAGCAAGUCGUUUGUUUGUGCACAAUCCAAGCAAAGGUGGCCCUGUGUUAGAUGGUCAUACCAAGGCGGUCGGCGACUUCCUGACGCGUCUAUGGGAAAAAUUAUCGCGUGACGAGAACUUUCAAGGAGUCGUCAAGGAAUUACAAGCUGAGUACGACAAGGUUUUGAAAGAAACUCGCACAAUGGCUAAGGACCCUGUCGACACCAAGCUGGCAACAGAGUAG